AUGGGUAAGGGUAAACCAAGAGGACUUAACUCCGCCAGAAAGUUGAGAGUUCACAGAAGAAAUAACAGAUGGGCCGAUCAAUCUUACAAGGCUAGAUUAUUAGGUACUGCCUUCAAGUCUUCUCCAUUUGGUGGUUCUUCCCACGCUAAGGGUAUUGUGUUGGAAAAGAUUGGUAUUGAAUCCAAGCAACCUAACUCCGCUAUCAGAAAGUGUGUCAGAGUUCAAUUGAUCAAGAACGGUAAGAAGGUUACUGCUUUCGUCCCUAACGAUGGUUGUUUGACUUUUAUCGAUGAAAACGAUGAAGUUUUGUUAGCUGGUUUCGGUAGAAGAGGUAAGGCUAAGGGUGAUAUUCCCGGUGUCAGAUUCAAGGUUGUCAAGGUUUCCGGUGUCUCCUUGUUGGCCUUGUGGAAGGAAAAGAAGGAAAAGCCAAGAUCUUAA